CCGUCUCCAGUAUGAGCUCCAGAGGGAGUGGAGGCCGCUCCAAUGGCUCACUACCGCAGACCAAGAUCUGCCAGUUCAAGCUGGUGCUGCUGGGCGACAUGGCCGUGGGCAAGUCCAGCCUGGUGCUGCGCUUCGUCAAGGGACAGUUCGAUGAGUUCCAGGAGACGACCAUAGGAGCUGCGUUCCUGGCUCAGUCGGUGUGUCUAGACGACACCACAGUGAAGUUUGAGAUCUGGGACACCGCAGGUCAAGAGCGAUACCACAGCCUGGCUCCCAUGUACUACCGCGGAGCUCAGGCUGCCAUCGUUGUCUUUGACAUCACCAAGCCGGAGACUUUUGAGCGAGCCAAGGCCUGGGUGAAGGAGCUGCAGAGGCAGGCCAGUCCUAACAUUGUUAUUGCUCUGGCCGGGAACAAGGCCGACCUGGCAGAGAGGAGACUUGUGGAUUUUGAGGAAGCCCAGACGUAUGCUGACGACACCGGCUUGCUCUUCAUGGAGACCUCUGCUAAGACAGCCAUGAACGUCAAUGAGCUCUUUCUGGCUAUUGCAAAAAAGAUGCCAAAAACAGACACCCAGAACCCUACACAUGCAGCGCGGCACCGGGGGGUCAACCUCCAGGACCCAGACGCCCACUCUACUCGAGCCUGCUGCGGUGGGAACUAGACCUCCACGACUCCCACCAGUACUCCACCAUCCACACCUCCACCUCCACCACGGCCCUUCAACCAGCCCGCUUCCUUCAGCCAACCUACAGGGGGGGGGCCUGAUGCUGGGAAACACUGUAUCCACUCACAACCCUUACCCUCCAUUCAUCCUCCUGUCAAAGCAGACAGAAAUUCAGACACAGAAAUUCGAAGGAGAGAAUAAGAGGAAAGGAAGAGCAGACCGAGUUGGGAGGAGCAAGACGCAGAAUGUUCCACAUCUGUGUCCCUCGACCGACGGCCGCUGUUGGGAAGAGAACGAGGGGAGGCAGACGGAGGUCGAGAGGAGGAAAAUAUAGAAGACAGUGGCCUGUUGUAGUAUUUAGCACUAAUUUGUGAAGUUUCUUUCGUGUUCAGUCACAGUCCUGAUUGCGUAAAAAAAAAAAAGCGUUCAAGAAACGAAAGGAGGAAAACAAAAAAGCCACAUUUUGAGGUUGUGACUGUUUUCUUCUUCUACUUUUGUCGGAGCUUGCACCCGCUUGCUUUGCCUCCUCCUUAGACCUGAAUCAAUCACAUCCCGCUGUGAAUAAUGCCACAUGAUGUACCCCUGGAAUGAUCCCAUGGUGUGUAAUACCUUCCAUACGAUCCAUGGCACAGUCUGCUGAGCAUAAGAUCCAUUUGUACGUAUUUAUUGUCCGUUGUUUUGACUUCUCUAAACCGCUCGUGUCUCAGAGGCACUCCUUCCACUCACACUUCUCCAAACUACAAAAUUGCUGACUUUGCGUUGUGUUUCUCAUCGAUCCGUUCGGUCGGACAGACUUGCUUGUCUUACUAAAAAGGUUGCUGAAGUGCCGUGUUCCUAAAAUAUUUAGGGGUUUUAAACGCUUCAGUGCUCACGUGAAGCACCGAUAUGGACUUGAUCUGAAGUGUGUGUGGUCACAUGACUUUAAUAUUAUGUAUGAGCAGUAAACUGUUGACUAAUUCCAUAUCUGUAGCAGAGGACAUAUCCCUCAAACACAAAGUACUACUGCAUCAGAAACAAGACUUACUAAAUCCUUGUAUUCAAUAAAAAGCUUCAUCUCA